AAAAGGGGGGGGCUCUCAGUGAGUCCGGAAGUUCAGUUCCAGACGCCACACCUUCGGCCCCUCUUGCCUUUUCUUACCUCUAGGCGAAGCGAUGGGGAAGGCGCUUUGGGGGCUCAACAGCGCCGCCGCCGCCGCCGCCAAAGAGCUGGAGUCGGGGAGGGGGCGUGCAAAGGGCGCUGCAGGGAACGCGUUGCAAAGAGGGGAGGAAGAGCGCUCAGGGCUGCCUGGAAAAUCCAGCCCCUGCCCCGUCCCGCAUGUCUGCCCCGAGGCGGCCCCAGAGGCCAUCUCUGCAGCAGCAGCAGCUCCUCUGGCAGGCGGACGCUCAGCACAGCUGUCCACAUUGCUGACAUUUAUUCCAGAGGGGUUGGGGUUUUUUUGGUAGUGCAGCAUAACGUUUUGACAACACCCAAAGAUGAAAAUGGAGGAACAAGACGCCUCAGGCCACGCACAAAGGGAGGCAUCGGAGGGAGCAGGAAAAGGCCUCUGUGGACUCCAGGAUGCUGUAGACUGCAAGCCCAAGAUGGAGGAAGAAAGGAAGCCCCCCGCAGCAAUGCAUUCUGGGGAUGGUGAGGGGUCGCCUAGGGAAGCAGCUCCGCGUCAGGUGAAAGAUGAGCCAGAAGAGGGGUUGGCCUGUCAGUGGGAAUCUCAGUGGCAGGACUUCUUGAAGGCUGUGGAGCCCCCUCAGCUGGGGCCAGACAUGCCACCGUCACCUGAGGAGUACGCUCCGUGGGGAGACACGAAAGCCUUCCUGGCCUCCUUUGAGCAAGUGGCUGAAGCCUGCCGGUGGCCCAGAGAAGAGUGGGUGGCUCGACUCUUGCCGGCCCUCCGUGGGGAAGCAGAGGUGGCCUUCAGCACGUUGGAGGGCAGAGACAGAGAGGACUAUGGGAAGGUGAAGAUGGCCCUCUUGCGAAGAGACGCCAUCAGCAGGGAGAAGAGCCGCCAGCACUUCCGACGCUUCUGCUACUGGGAGGCCAAGGGCCCACGGGCCGCAUACAGGCGACUCCAGGAGCUUUGCCGUCAGUGGCUGACGGUCGAGAGACACACCAAGGAGCAGAUUCUGGAGCUGCUGAUCCUGGAGCAGUUCCUGAUUGUCCUGCCGCCAGAGAUCCAGAGCUGGGUGAGGGAGCGUGGCCCUGAGACCUGCUCCCAGGCAGUGGCUGUGGCCGAGGAUUUCCUACUCAGACAGCGAGAGGCGGAGAGACCUGGAAACCAGGUGGCAUUUGAGGAGGUGGCUGUGAAUUUCUCUGAGGCAGAACGUACUCCAGCUGGUAUGGAACAGGGGUUGCUGUAUAUUGAAACGAAGGAGGAGGAGGAGGCCUGCAUGUUGGCAGGCAAAGAGUGGAUGACCAUACAUGAGAGGGAGAGAUUCGCGGCAGAAGAUUCAGACCAAGCAGGGUCACGUGGGGUGUCCGUGUGGAAAGCGGAAGAUGAUGUGCCCCAGUGUUGCUUGCAGGAAAAUGCUUCAGUCAGUCAGGAGAGUCAGCUCAGGACCUUCACAGGGGGUGAUGCAGAUGGAUCUGUACCUUAUGGGGGAGAUUACAAGACCCUUAUUGUAACUGCAGUCCAGACAGAAAUUGGCACUGGGAAGAAACGGAAUCCUUGCAGAGCUCACGGGAAAAGUUUUGGUCAGAGCUCCAGCAUGCUUAAGAGCCGGCGUACAGGAGGAAAAGCACACAAGUGCUUGGUUUGUGGGAAAUUCUUUCUUUCCAGCUCAAAGCUCAUCAUUCACCAGAGGACCCACACUGGGGAGAAGCCGUAUGAAUGUUCAUCUUGUGGGAAAACAUUCCGGUCCAGCUCAGUGCUUUACCGUCACCAGAGGAUCCACACUGGAGAGAAGCCGCAUAAAUGCCCUGUCUGCGGGAGGAGAUUCAGUAGCAAUUCAAACCUUAAUCGACAUCAGAGAAUCCACACAGGGGAGAAACCGUACAAGUGUUCGGAAUGUGGGAAAAGCUUCAUCCAGAGAGCCAACCUGAAUAAGCAUCAUAAAAUCCACACGGUGGAUGGGAAGAGUGGGGAAAAUUUCAGUAUGAGCUGAAACCUCACUGUGUGUGACAUGUUUGAGCACAUGAGAAAGCCAUUUAAAAGAUGGGAUUGUGCAAAGACACGUUUCAGAGGAUUAUUUCAGAAAAGGACACACAAAGUAAUCCCUGCCAUCAAUUUGUCAAACAAUCCCAGAGGUCUCUUGAACUGCUUCCUGUUCUGGAUGCUUUGAUGAAGUGUAGGAUAUAGCAUGGGGACAAGGGGGGGCACAACAGUGAGUGCUAUCCACUUACAGCUUACAGUUGCUGACUAUUUGGGAGCAUGGCUGGCAAGAUUCACCUUGUGACUUUUUGCAUGAAGACAUUUGCAUCCGCUUGCAUUAGCUGUCUAAUAAAUGAGGCCUUGGUUUGGGUGCAAUACAAGAUUGACAGCUGCCAGGCAUGGUCUAUUUUUGGCAGUGUUUGGGGCUAUAUUGUAUGCCAUUAUGGCAUAAAAGUGAGAUAUUUUAGGUGUAAAAAUGUAAUUUCAGCUGCACCCUGAAUGGGAAAAAUACUUCUUUUUACAUACUUUUUCCUAUUUUAAUACUGUCUUUCUUCAAAAUGUCACCCAAGGCAGUUCAGAGUCUAAACAAGUUCCUCUUUUUUUGAGCGAAAGAGAGGAGCCCACCAAUAACAUGGAAAAAAGCAACAGGCAAAGUCAGUGGUCGAUGCAAUUGCAAUGUAACCAAUAGUUCCCAACGUGUUUCAGUAUUUAAAUCUGGGAAAAUCAUCCAGCAGUUAGAUAAGGGAAGACUGCUGCUCAGUGGCAGAGCUCCUGCUUUGCAUGCAGCAGGUCCCAAGUUCAAUCCCUGGCGUCUCUACACAGGGCUGGGAAUAGACUCCCUGCCUGAAACCCUGGAGAACUGCUGCGAGUCCCUGUAGACAGUACUGGUCUAGGUGGGCCAGUGGGUCUGAUUCAGUAUAGGGCAGCUUCCUGGACAUGAAAUUGAGGGAGUCUCCAGAGAUCUAGAAGGCUGCUCAGGGACACAGCUCUUCAGUGAAUGAAAUAUUAGAUGGAUGCAGCAGCUUCUCUAUUGAUGUGAACACUUCCCCCUGACAGAUGUUCAUGCAGUAUGUGUCAGGAACUAUUUAUUAAAUUGCAGUUGCAGCUUACCCAGUCAUAUUUUUUCCUCGUGGUUUGACUACAGUUUCACUUUAAAAGCUUCCGUGUGACCUCUAAGAAUGUUGUUUUUAAAACAAUGGAUUGUCUACUCUGAGUGGGAUUAAUGCGGCUGCAGCCCAGUGUUUCUGACCUACUUUUUAAAAUAACCCUAGAGCUUAGAUAGGCAGCCUAUCUGCCAACACAGGAUACAAGUGGCAGCCAUGAACUGUUACCCUAAAGUGGAUGAUAUACUACGGCAAGGAAGGGGAGCCUGUGACCCUCCAGGUGUUGUUCAUCUUCCAUCAGCCCCAACCAGCAUGGCCUAUGUCAGGAGCGGGAAACCAUUGGCUCUUCAGACAUUGCUGAACUACUACUCUCAUCAGGCCCAGCAAGCAUGGCCAAUGGACAGGGAUGAUGGGAGUUGUAGUUCAGCAACAUCUGGAGGGCCAAAGGAUCCAGACACCUGGCCUAUUGUCAGGGAUGAUGGUCCAACAAAAUCUGAAGGGCCACAGAUUCCUCACCCCUGUACUAAGGGAAACCAAAAGUGAGCCUUCUAAAAUCAGAAGUGAUUGGUGGUGGGACGGGGGAAGAGAGAAAAGCAUAGGAAUGUGGUAGUGGUGAACUUCCCAGGGACACCUGGGUGGCCAGAGCUGGUGAUGGACUGGAUGGAUGUUGGCCUGCUGCUGGAAAGCAGUUCUUUGAUUCUCCUUUGGAAGGGGCAUUUUCAUUAGUCCUCUACCAACAGAAUAAUCCUAUCUCUGGAGCAAAGCACCAACAAGGCCCAGUUCAAAUGAGCAAGGACUGGACUCGCUGAACAUUUUAUCUUAAUGAGAAUUGGUUGAAAUAACUGGUUGGUUGGUUUCCUCCAAAGAAGGGUUUCCAGUCCCCAAAUAUAACCAAUUCUCACCCAAGGAUGAUCCGAAGGAUAGAAAUCUGCAGGUAGCUCUUUCAAUGUGUGGUUGGCUCCUUUGUUGUCUGCGAAUUGUAAGGGAUCUGUGGUGGGGCAGGGUGAACUAGUGGAUCCUUCAUUCUAUUAUACAUAGGUUAGGCUUACAUGGCUAGGUGGAGUCAUUGGGUGCCAGAGACAGGAAAACAUACUUCUUUCAAGGGAAGUUCUCAUUGUCAAGGAGAAACCCGGUGGCAAGAGGAAGGAGAGAACAAAAUCCACAACUUGCUUCCUAGGAGGGCCUCGCUAGGUAAAAGGUGUGACCAGCCACCCUCUGUGGGGAGAAAGGCCCAGACAACAACACACAUAAUUUAAGAGUGGACUGACUGGGGCUUUGUUUCCCCCCCUUGGGCUCUUAUGGGAUUCUUCUUCUCUUUA